AUGUCAUCGUUUAUUGGGUGGAAGAAAAACUCCAAUUCAGGAGGAACACCAGGAGCAUCACCAACUUCAUCAUCACCAUUAAACUCGACAAUAAGUAAUGCAAAUUCAGUUAGUGGAUUAGGACCAUUAGGAUCUAUUAGUAAUACGUCAAGUUCGUCAUUAUCAUCAUCAUUUCAACCAAUUCAAAUUGUAAACUCUAAUAAUAAUUCACCACCAUUAUCAUCAUCAUCAUCAUCCACAUCCACAUAUUCAACACCAAACUCUUCAAAUGACACAAUUGGUAAAUCAUCAUCAUCAUCUGUGGCUUCAGCAGCAGCAGCAGGAGCGUCAUCCACAUCCACAUAUUCAUCAUCGUCAUCUUUAAUCGAUACAUCACAAUUUAAUAAUAACUAUGUUGGUAAUAUUUUUGGUGGACAACCAAUUAACCCAAAUACUGAAUUUGGUUCCUCAAUUUUAAAUAAAUUUUCAAAAUAUCUUUUAAAUAAAGGUUUUAAUACUGAAGGUAUAUUUAAACCACAUCCUGAAUUAGAUAAUGAAAUUCAAAAUGUAAAAAAGAAUUUAAUUAAAGAUUUAAGUAUAGGAGAUAUGGAACAAGCAAGUUUAUCAACAUUAACACAAAAUCCAUUAGUUAUUGGGGAAAUAAUGAAACAAUAUUUAGCAUUAUUACCUGAACCUUUAUUUUCAUAUCAAUUAUAUGAUAGUUUUUUAUUAACUCAUUCAAUUUUAUCACCAACAGACAGAAUUUGGGCAUAUAGAUUUUUAUUAUUAUAUUUACCAGUUGGAUUUAGAGGUGCAAUUAAGAGUGUUUUAGGAUUAUUAAGCAGAGUUCAUCAAUGUAGCGAAUCAAGUAAAAUGAAUUCAGAGAGUUUAGCAAAGAUAUUUUCACCAGUUUUUCUUAGACCAGCUGAGGAUAUGUAUUACAUGAAAUCCGAUCAAUCUACAUUGGAAGAGAUUGUUAAACUUUGGAUUGAAGAAUUUGAUAUGAUUUCAAAACCACCAACAAAUCCAAAUCCAAAUUCAAAAGUAACAAUAUUAGGUACCAAUAAUACAUUAUCACAACUUCAACAACAAUCAAAUCAACAUUCAUCAUUACCAAAUAUAUCUUCAUUAUCUUCAAAUCUAAUUCAACAACAACUACAACAACAACAACAGCAACAACAACAAAGCCAUCCAACAAUUGGUAUGAGUAAAAUUACAAGUUCAUUAUCAUCAAGUAGUUUACAAGUAAAUUUACAAACAUCACCAAAAUCACCACAAUCACCAAAACUAUUAUUACCAACCAUUCCAAAAGAUGAUCAACAACAAAUGACAAUUGUUAAGCAAAAACCAAUACUUUCAAAACCAACACCAACUACAACACCAACAUUAACACCACAAACAACAAAUCCACCACCAGUACCAGCUUCAACUUUAGAUAAUAAUAAUAGUAAUAACAAUAAUAAUAAUAAUAAUAAUAAUAGUAACAACAACAAUAAUAAUAAUAAUAAUAAUAAUAAUAAUAAUAAUAAUAAUAAUAAUAUAACACCAAAUGGUAGCCCAUUAAUAAAUAAAAGAUUAUCAAUUGGAGGAUUUGCAUUAUCACCACCAGGUGCAUCAACAUCAUUUUCAUCACUUUCAGAACAAGAGGUUGAAGAUAAAGUUAGAAAAAUCAAAGUAUCAAUUGAUACUAUGGUUAGUGAACAAGCAUUACUUUUAAUUAAAAAUUUAUUAAAGAGUAUUGAAAAAGAAUUCAAUUAUAAUCAUAUCAUUAAAUUUUCAUCAAUCAUUAGGGAUGCUAAAAAACAUAUGAAUGAAUCAUCAGAGAAACAAUUAUCACUUACCAAAGCUAAUAUUAGAGAGUUUAUUCAAGAAUAUCCAAAACCAAUGUCUUACAAUCUAUUGGUAUCUUCAAUACCAAAAUUGGAUACAACCAACUUUACAGAACAAGAAAAGAAAGCAAAUGAUAUAAAGAGAGCUUCUCAAGUCGCUGCUGAUGAAAUUAGUGAUUAUAUCUAUUAUUUUAAAUUAAAGAUUUCAACAUUCCAAUUAAAGGAACAAGUGAUUUCAACUGCUCAAAUCUUUAGUAAAUUAAAAUCAAUUUUAGAAUCACCUCCACCAUCUUUACCAACUGGUAGUUCUUGGAGUGAUUUUGAAAAUAAUAGUAGCAAUAAUAAUAUUAAUAUAAAUAAUAAUAUAAAUAAUAGUAGUAGUAAUAAUAAUAAUAAUAAUAGUUCACCAAAUUCUUCACCAUUAAUGGGUAGAUUAAAAACUAGUAAUGGUCUUAAUAGUAGUAGUAAUAGUAAUGUAACACCACCAACCGAAAAUCAAAUAUCCGCAGAUAAAGCAACCAUUAGAAUCAUUGAAGUUUGUUCUCAAGAAAUUAAAAGUAGAUUUGGUUCAAUGAGAUCCAAUCUAGAGAGAGUCGAUAUAAAUGGUGCUUUUGAAAUUGGUAAACAUAGUAGAAAUGUUAAAGCUGUCCUAAAUGAUAUCUAUGUACAAUGUAAAUUAAUUCCUCCACCCGAUAUUAAAGCAUUACCCCCUGGUGAAGAUCAAUUAACUACCCUUAGAAAAGCAUUGCCCCCUCUUUUCGAUAGAUUUGUCACUCAAAUCGAUGAAUUAACUCAACACGUUUUUAAUAAUAAAGCAUCACCUGAAGAAAUUACAAUCAUUGUCGAUAAGUUAUUAUUUAUAAAUAGAUCUUUAAGUAUGUAA